AUGUCCCGCCUCCUCUGCUCGAUCAAAGUCAGGAUUUUUCAAACUCCAGGCGUCACAGCGACCACCAGCGUCACACUGGCGUCGUCAAGCGGCGUUCGAGAUAAACUGCGGCAGAAAAGACGCGCUUUACAAGAGACACUGGCAAAGAGCAAAGACGAGGACGACGAGCAGGCUCUGGUUACGUCGACCAAGUCGAGUGAAGAGAAACGACGACCCGCGAUUAAGGAGCAGGAGGAUGAAGAUCCAGGAGAGACACUGAAACGAAGAAUCCAGGCUCAGAGAGAGAAGAGGAAGAUAAGGCUGCUUGAGCGGUCUUCAGUCCAGGAGUCUCAGGAUGAUGUGGAGGUGAUUUCCACCAGGCAGCUCCACAGUGACGCUGAGGAGCGAUCAGCUGACAGAAGAUCAGCUGAGAGGGGAUCAGCUGACAGAAGAUCAGCUGAGAGGGGAUCAGCCGACAGAAGAUCAGCUGAGAGGGGAUCAUCUGAGUGCAGAUCAGCUGACAGCAGAUCAGCUGAGAAGGGAUCGUUUGAGAGCAGAUCAGCUGUGAGGGGAUCGUCUGAGAGCAGAUCAGCUGACAGCAGAUCAGCUGUGAGGGGAUCGUCUGAGAGCAGAUCAGCUGAGAGGGGAUCGUCUUGGAAGGCAGAACCAACGGUUGUUUCAAGACCUCCACUAGCUGCUCUCAGAGGUCUCACCUCAGGACUUCAGUCCACGACUGGCUCUCAGCAUUUCGACAGCAACGUGACGCAGCAGCUGAAAGAGCGGUUGAGAGCAGCCAGAUCUAAAGCCGGGAGCUUUCAGCAGGAGGAAUCGUCCUCCUCUGUGGAGACAUCCAGUCGUUUACAGAGCCUCAGAGACCGAGAGGUGAGCAGCUCCUUCACUCCAGACAGAAGUCCUCAUGCCUCCCUCCACCUCAGCUCCAGGGUCAAGUUCAGAGAGUCAGAAAGACAAACAGAGAGAGGCCUCCCCACCGCUGAGGAGGCGUACAAUUUCUUUACCUUCAGCUUUGAGCCAGAUCCACAAGACACGGCGACCGAGAGCACCGGACGUAAAAGAAGAGCAGAGGAGGGAGGAAGUGAAGAUGAAGAAGAUGGCGACGCAGACGAGGAUAAUCAAAAGGAAGACAAGUCUCAGACUGAAGAAGCUCCUCUGGUAGGAGACGGAGAGGAGGAUUUGUUGGCCAUCGAACAGUCGUCUCACGACUUCCUGGAAGUGAGGAAAGCAGAGUACGUCGGGUAUGGAAAACUCCUCCAGCGAGAGAGAGAGCGCGGGCUGCUCUUCACGCCCAGUUACAGAGCAGUGCCCACGUCCGUCAAACUGCCUGAAAACAUGAAGCCGCGUUUCCUGGAGGACGAGGGUUUCUACGUGGGGGAGAGGCCUCCUGUGUCUAAGACCAACCAGAACAUUCUGGAGAACCGUGUCCUGAAGAUGGACGAGGGAAAGAAGUGGUUUGGAGACGACGGCAGGAUCGUGGCUCUGCCCGACCCCAUAAAGGAAUCAUCCACCAGACCACCUCUGUUCCACAUGGGGGACGACCUGGACCCUGCUCUGCACACUGUGUUCAGGAAGGCGGUGAAGUCCAAACAUGCACACAUGACCAUGAGCGGUGCUGCAGAUCCAGAAGGAGACUACCGUCUGGACGUGGAUGUCUCCGGUCUGAUCUUCUCUCAUCACCCUCUCUUCAGCCGUGAACACGUGCUGGCGUCUCGUCUGGUUCAGCUCUACGAUCAGUAUCUGAGCAGACAACACAACAACCUGACAGGACACCUCACAGACAAGUUGAAUGGACUGAGGCGAGCGCUGAGGAACAUGCUGGAGAUCCACGGAGGACGCAGCCUCUCUCAGGUCAUGCAGCACAGAAUAUCCGACUACAGUCUGGAGGUUCGGAAUACACGGCAGCUGCGAGACAGCGAGCAGGAGAAAGAUCGGACUCUGCUGAAGAACCUGGUGAAAGUGUGGAAGGAGACAAAAGCCCUGAGAGAGUUCCAGAAGUUCACCAACACUCCGUACAAGCUCAGCCUCAGAAAAGCGAGUGUGGACCGCGCGUCAGACGAGCGCGAGCACGAAGAGGAAAUCUUGGCAGAAGUCAUGGAGCUGGAGGCCGAGAGCGAAGAGGAAUACCAGAGAAAGUUGGCCGAGUACAAGAUGCAGCUGUCCGAGUGGAAGCUGUCCAGAAAGAAACAGAAGACGAGGAAGAAGAAGAAAAAGAAGAAAAAGGGACAGUUACAGGAAGACACAGAAGAAGAUGAUGAAGAUGAGGAGGGCAGUGGUCCAGAAGAGCCCGCUGUAGAAGAAGAAGAUCUCCCGAAGCCAGAACCUCCCGAGAAGCCGGACUUUGACUCCGUCGAGCAGCGAGUUAGAGAGAAAGCGUCCAGGAUUCGCAGGAAACCAGGAGAGCCCGUCCUGAUCCCUGAUCUGUCUGCGUCUGGAAACAUCACCGCCAGCGAACUCUGCCCCAGGGCUGAAGUAGCACGCAGGGAGGAGGUGACGCGUCGCUCUCUCUUUGUCAAAGUCGUGUACAACGACAAAGAAGUCUCCCGCACUGACAGACGCUCCCUGAACAGUGAUUUUAGAGUCCACUUUGGUCAGAUCUUCACUCUCAAGAUCUUAAACUGUCCUCAGAGCAUCAACCUACAGGUAUUUGAGGACACCGGGUCAUCAUGUCCACUCCUGGCUCAGGUGUUCGUCCCUGUGCCGGAGCCGUCUGUGUUGACGGGCCGAGUUCCUGUUGAGGAAUUUGAGUUCAGCAGCAACCAGAGGGUGAUGUUUGACCACGAGGGAGUUGGGAGUGACGUCCCCCUCUCCUUUGAUGCCGACGGCAGUAACAAAGUCACCUUGUUGACCUCUGGGAAACUGUCGUGCUGUGUUUCUUGGGGAGUCGGCGAGGACGACGUUCCACUGGCUCCUCCCCUGUCUCAAAAUCAGGGCGGCGUACACAGUGGACUGGGACGCGUGGACGCCGUCUCGUACAUCGGUGCUUCUGGACUGUACGACAUGAAGAAAAUCGCAGACUGGGCGACGCAGUCACGUCUGGACCCCAACGAUCCCAAAAACGCCUCCAUCAUGCAGCUGCUUAAAGUGGCCAGCAGUGGAGAGGUGACCGUUCCAGAUUACUUCCGUCUGGAGCAGCUCCAGGAGGAGUUUAACUUUGUGAGCGAUGAAGAGUUGGAGAGCUCCAGACGAUUCCGUCUGCUCAGACUUCGGAAACAAGAGGUCGCAGAGUUUCGUAAUUUCAGAUGUGUUCCUGCUCAGGAGAGAGAGGUCACUGACAAAGUCUUCCAGGAUUAUGAGCAGAGGCUGAAGGAAGGAGAGAUUAUCGACACCAAACAUCAUCUGGACUCACACCGAGCUUUGGUGGCCAAAUAUCUGCAGAAGAUCAGGGAAUCGGUCAUCAACAGAUUUCUUCUUGCCAGACAUCACUACCUGCUGUCUGACUUAGUGAUUGAAGAGGAGAUACCAAGCAUCGGUGGUGCAGGUUCUGGGAUUCUGGGACUCAACCUUUUCAAACUGGCCGAACCCAAACGUCCACUGAAACCUCAGAGGAAAGAGAGAAAGAAGGUGACGGCUCAGAAUCUGUCGGACGGAGACAUCAAGCUGCUGGUCAACGUCAUCCGUGCUUACGACAUCCCGGUCCGCAGACCACAGAGCAAUAAACCUGGAGCGUGUCCUCAGGGCGUCGUCCAGGGCAGUGAUUGGCUCGUCAGUCAGGUUCUGGUGAGGCCGUUUGUGGAAGUUUCCUUCCAGCGCUCGGUUCUUCAAACGACCACAGCAGACGGACCUAACCCCUGCUGGAACGAGGAGCUGCUGCUGCCCUUCAGCGCCCCCAAUGGUGACUACAGCGUUGCCAGUUUGCAGUCGGUCAGAGACGAAGUGUUCAUCAACAUAUUUGACGAGGUGGUUUAUGAAACUGGAGUGAACGACAAAGACGGCGGGACAUCGAUUCACAGCCGAGCAGAGAAGCACUGGUUAGGUUCUGUGAAGAUUCCCUUCAGCACCAUCUAUUCUCAGUCCAGGAUUGAUGGGACGUUUAAGGUGAACACGCCGGCCGUGCUGCUAGGCUACAGUAAAGAGCGCAGCCACAGCACCAACAGUGGUUAUGACAUCCUAAGGAGCCUGAGUGAAGGAGCCUUCAUCACACUCUUCAUCACCAUCGAACCUCACCUGGUGCCGGGAGAGUCCAUCAGGGAGAAGAUCAGGGAAGUGAAGUUUGACAGUCAGGAGGACGAGCGUCUGCUCCACGCCUCAGACACCUUUGAGAGGGAGGCGGCUCAGUCGUAUCCGGACCGCCCGUGCGUCACCACCGUCAUCGACCUCAGCGGCAAAACGGUCUUCAUCACGCGCUACAUACGAGCGCUCAACCCCCCGCAGGAGCUGCUGGACGCCUUUCCUGACAACCACCAGGCGGCGACGACUCUGGUCGCUCGCUUCGUCUCCCUCAUCCCGUCUCUGCCGGACAGAGUGACCUUCUCCUUCACCUGUGACCUUUGGAGCACCUGUGACCAAUUCCUCACGCUCCUCGCAGGAGAUGAAGAGGAACACGCUGUUCUGUUGUGCAACUACUUCCUGUUUAUGGGCAAAAAAGCCUGGCUCAUUAUUGGUACAGCGAUACCAGAGGGAGCGACAGCGUACGUCCUGACCUUUGAGCAGAGUCGUUACCUGAUCUGGAAUCCCAGCAGUGGUCAGUUCUACGGUCAGUACGACACCUUCUGCCCCCUGCAGGCCGUCGGCUGCCUGGUCAACGCAGACAAUGUUUGGUUUAACAUUCAAGAACACGCUUCACCAAUGACCGUGAAUUUUGACGUCACAAAAGCUAAUUUAUGGAAGCCAUUUUUCUCACGAGCUUUCUCUCACCCCGGACUGAGCAGUGUUCAGCCGGAGGAGCUGGUGUAUCGACGGACAGACAGAGCAGCAGCUGCUGAACUUCAGGACAGAAUAGAGAAGAUCCUGAAGGAGAAGAUGAUGGAAUGGCGCCCCCGUCAGCCCACACGCUGGAACCGUCACUGCACCACCACCCUCAAACACUUUCUGCCAAAACUGGAGCAGAGCGGGGGGCGGGACAUCGCCGAGGGACACCGCCACGAGCUGCAAAGCAUGCUGGGAGACAACAGGAUUUCAGGAUUCCCGCUGCACCUCCCGUUCUCAGAGAUCCGGCCCAUCAUCGAGGCCGUGCACAGCACCGGUGUUCACAACAUCCAGUCGUCUAACGUGGAGUUUGCGCUGGCCGUGUACGUUCACCCGUACCCCAACAACGUGCUGUCAGUGUGGAUUUACCUGGCAUCGCUCGUCCGCACCUGACCUCCAAUCCUGUUGGAGUACGUCUGCUCAGACCUGCACGCACACUGUAAUGUAAUUAAACAGCUUUUAAUAUUUUUAACCGUGACUUUAUUCAUGUAAAAUCCAUCACCUCCAUUAAAUGUCACAUUUUCAGAAACACUAAA